GUCUUCUUUAAUUAUCAACAUCGGUUGACUCUUCUCUCUUGGUCUCUCUCUACAACUUGUAGAGGAGGAAGAAGAAGAGAAGAAGAAGGGUUAUUUAUUUAUGUAGUUGAACCAGCACGCACGCACGACUCAACACUUCAUUGACCACUCCUUCACUCAUUCAACCUUCUUCACCAACCAAUUCCCCCUUUUAUACUUCCAAUUUCCAAAUCCUAUCACUCAAUCCUCACUAAAUGAACGAUCUAUUCUCCGGAUCCUUCUCCCGCUUCCGCGGCGGCGGCGACCAGUCCCCGCCUCCGAGCCACAACAUCGAGCUCUCCGACGCCGGCGGCGUCAAUCUGGACCGCUUCUUCGCCGACGUGGAGGCGGUGAAGGACGAGCUCCGCGACCUAGAAUCGCUCCACAGCCAGCUCCAGACCUCCCACGAGCAGAGCAAAACCCUACACAACGCCAAGGCGAUCAAGGACCUCCGAUCUCGCAUGGACGCCGACGUCUCCGCCGCGCUGAAGAAGGCGAAGGUAAUUAAAGUCCGGUUAGAAGCGCUGGACCGGUCCAACGCCUCGAACCGGAGCGUCCCCGGGUGCGGGCCGGGGAGCUCCUCCGACCGCACGCGGACUUCCGUGGUGAACGGGCUCCGGAAGAAGCUCCAGGAGGCGAUGAAUCGGUUCAGCGAGCUCCGCGAUCGGAUGUCGGGGGAGUACCGGGAGACCGUCCAGCGGCGGUACUACACGGUGACGGGGGAGAAUCCGGAGGAGAAGAUUCUAGAUCGGCUAAUUGAGACAGGGGAGAGCGAGACGUUUCUACAGAAGGCGAUCCAGGAGCAGGGGAGGGGGCAGGUGAUGGAUACGAUAAUGGAGAUCCAGGAGCGGCACGACGCGGUGAAGGAGAUGGAGAGGAAUCUGAGGGAGCUGCAUCAGGUAUUUAUGGAUAUGGCGGUGCUGGUGCAGAGCCAAGGGGAGCAGCUGGAUGACAUCGAGAGCCAGGUGAAUAGAGCGAGCUCGUUUGUGAGGGGUGGGACGGAGCAGCUUCAGGUUGCCAGGAAGCAUCAGAAGAAUACAAGGAAAUGGACUUGUUUUGGGAUUAUUUUGCUGCUCAUUGUUAUUUUGAUCAUUGUGCUUUCUCUCCAGCCAUGGAACAACAACAAGAAGAAGUGAUCAUUCUUUUCU